AUGCAAGGAUACUCAUUUGCGCCCCCAGCGGGGCCUCCCAAAGAGGGUCAAAAGAUGAUGCGAGCCUGUAAUGGUUGCCGAAAGAGAAAAAUUAAGUGUGAUGCAGCCACGACAAAUACCUGGCCGUGCUCUGCGUGUACUCGACUCAAGUUGGUCUGUGUUCCUCCCACCAUCGGGCAAGAUGGGGACUUUCUCCCAGACGGCCAGGGUGAGUCCACGAUGGAGACAGGGGGUCCAUCCAACUCAGUCGAUGGUCACGCAUUCCCAGUUCCACCGGUGUACAGGAAUAACAGCCAACCCAUGAACACCAUGCCCUCAUACGACCAGAUGAACAUGUAUUCCCAAUUUGUUCCUCCCCAGGCCCAGCCGGCCAUGUACAAUGACCUUCGCUCGCCACCGAUGACAAUGCCCCCUCAAGCCUACCAACAACCUCAGAUGUAUACUGGGCCGCAAACACCAUCGAUGGGUACAUCAGAUAGAAGCUUGUACAUUGAUAAUGAUCAGUCAACUGCGGAGAACCUCAGUGAAGUACUUGGGGAACUCAAGAUUGACGAGACCGGAAUCGAUCGGGUUGAACCCGAUGCUCCUGUUCAGGAUGAAACUGAAGAGCGAUUGCCUCCUUUGAGCACCGGGUCGGGUGCUACAAUUCGAAUUCCGCCCGAGUUGAUGCCCGCGGAAGAUGAUGUGAUGGCUUAUUUCAAGAUCUAUUUUGAUGAGAUACACCCUUAUGUUCCGGUCAUUUCACGAGCCCAUUUAUAUUACCAGUGGCAGCACGACCGCCGCUCCAUUUCACCCCUUCUUCUUGAGGCUCUCUUUGCAUGUGCCGGUCGAUUAUCUGAUGAGCCUGCCGAAGGAGCUCAGUGGCUGGCUUUGGCUAACCGACAUGAAACUAGCUUCAUGGAUGUGCCUCGCCUGAGCACCAUUCAAGCGUUGCUUCUCUUGCUGAAAGCCCGAGAAUCACUGCCCAAGAAGGGUUACUAUUAUAGGUCUUGGCAGACGGUUAAGACCAUUGUCUCGAUGGCGAAAGACCUGGACAUUCACGAGCACUAUAGCAACCAUGCUGAGGGCAAGCCUUGUGGUCUCAGCCCAAUUGAAUGCUUGGUACACACUCGAGUCUGGCAGGCCCUUUUGGUCGUUGAGGUCAUGAUCGGUGCGCCGCAAGGUCGUUCCGACUACGGAGUUGAUCCCGAGACGGUGGACAUGCGCCCGGUUUUGGACAUCAGAGGACUUGAUCACUACGAAAUUGAUCGUUCAAGACAGUAUGCCUAUUUUGUCCGCAACGCACAUCACAUUCGCAUCAUCACAGAUAUCUACCACAAAGUUAAAAAGCAAAAGGAUUGGGGCGCGGAUGCCCGAUUCGUACAGAACAACCCCCUUUUCGCAGAUUGGCUUCGAACCCUGCCUUCUGAUCUACAGGUCAACUACCCAGCCGAUGGUUCCCCGCCAUGGCUUCCUUCUCACUUCGUGGGCAACAUGCACUCUCAUUGCCACCUUGCUAUCAUUCUGUUACAUCGCCCUCAGCUUCUUGCCUCCCAAUCCUUCGCCGCUGGGGGUGAAUGGAAGAUCCACAUGUCGUUGUGCUAUUCAUCAGCAAAGAGCCUUUGUCGACUACAGGAAGCUAUCUUACAACGGUUCGGUCUUUCGGGUCUGCUCUAUAUGCAGCGGGGUAUCAACUUUGCCAUUUAUUGUAUUCUGACAUGUACAAUGUUGCACCUAGUUGCCAUCACCUCCCCGGACCCCGAGUUCAACUCAGAUGCCCGGGAAUUCUUCACCCGUCACAUGAGAAUCCUGGAGACCUGCUCAACCGCCUGGCCCAUGCCUGAGAUCCAGGCUCAAAUUGAUUCCCUCAGACUGGCUUUCUCCGCCGACAUGCACCAUCCCUUUGAACUGAAACCCAGUUUCCCCUACGGAAGUCCCUCGGAGCCUUAUCAGCCCAGUCCGCCGAUGGAUGCACACUAUCAUCCACACUUGAAUCAAGUCCAAUCCAGAGUGGGUUUCCAUGCGCUUCCAAUAACUCCUCCUAUAUCGGCUGGUGCUGAAGACUCGAAGUCCGACGCCUCUUCUCAGUUACAAUCCCUCGGAAUGGUCGCCCAUCAACCCCCCACUACCCAUCCAAUGGACGCCCCAUUGGUCGACGAACAGAGCUGGGAUCCAACCCGCAUUAUAACGCAAUGGGAUAUGGCCUUUUCCGUGAACCCCUCCACCGUCAGUGCGAACUCUCCGCCGAUGCCCAUCAACAACACGGUACCUGGUGUACAAAACGUCAUGAACUCUCAAUACCCCGUCCAGUACGAAACACCUCACAAGGUACCCUCCGUCACCUCCUCCCAAUCACUCUCCCCUCCACAAUUCCAGGCACCCCCGGUGGUGUUCUCCGCGCGAGAUUGGCAGCAAAGUGUUGCCAGUGUAUACGACCCACAAGGAAUGAAAAGACGGUGGAACUAUCCAGGUGACAUGGCCUCUGACGGCAUGUCCAAACGCCAACGAGGAUAG